UACACGAGAAAAGCAGAGAAACGGCGCUGAAAUGCCUGCGUUUUGUUUCGAGGUCGAUGUCAAACGGGCUGUUUGUGCGCGUGGUUCUGCUGUAGUGAGGCUGAGCGCGUUUUCCCGCUGAGGGCGGGAUUCGUGGUGCGUCGCCUCGCCGUGUUGUACGGUAAUCUCUCUCUGUCUCUGUCUCUCUCUGUCUCUCUCUCUCUGGGCGCUGGCGCUGCUGCUCUGUUCUCCGCGGACUGGAGAGACACUGGAGAGCCUGGCCUGGGAACGGGAGCGCUCAGCGGCCACAGCCAUGGCGGAGCGCCGCGCCUUCGCCCAAAAAAUAAGCAGGACUGUAGCUGCUGAAGUGAGGAAGCAGAUUGCUGGUCAGUAUGGAGGUUCCCCUCAGCUCCUCAAAAAUCUCAAUGUUGGAGGUCAUGCAGCAAGCAACUCGGUCCCAUUGACUGAGCCAGUGGAGCCAGUGGACUUUGAAGAGUAUUUGAUCACCCACCCUCCAAUCAUAGAGUCAGGACCUCUACGAGACCUGAUUGAGUUCCCUCCAGAUGAUAUUGAAGUGCUUUAUAUGCCCAGAGAGUGCCGCACGAUGGGCCAGGCUGUUCCAGAGGAAGGAGACAGUGACGCACAUGUUCGUGACUGUACCAGAUCCUACACUGAGGAUUGGGCAGUUGUCAACCGCAAGUACCAUAAGCUGGGUACAGGCUUUAACCCCAACACUCUAGAUAAACAGAAGGAGAGGCAGAGAGGUUUACCCAAGCAGGUCUUUGAGUCAGAUGAGCUACCAGAUCCCAGCAGCUAUCAAGAUGAUCAGGAUGAUCUGAAGCGCAGGUCCAUGUCUAUAGAUGACACUCCACGGGGCAGCUGGGCUUGUAGUAUAUUUGACCUGAAGAACUCUCAGCCUGAUGCUCUGCUGCCUCACUUGCUGGACCGAGUGCCUAAUGAGGAGAUUGACCGGCACAAUGAGGACCAGCGCAAAGCCAACCGCCACCGCGAGCUCUUUGCCCUGCACCCUGCUCUCGAUGAGGAGGAGCCCAUUGAACGUCAUUGUGUGCCUGAUGUCCCUAAAGAACACUUUGGCCAGAGGCUGCUUGUCAAGUGCUUGUCCCUGAAGUUUGAGAUUGAAAUUGAGCCAAUAUUUGCAAGUUUGGCUUUAUAUGAUGUCAAGGAAAAGAAAAAGAUAUCAGAGAACUUUUUCUUUGACCUGAACUCGGAGCAGACCAAAUCUAUGCUGCGUCCUCACAUCCAGUCGGCUGCUAUCUCUACCCUGGCCCGCUCCGCUAUCUUCUCCAUCACCUACCCCUCUCAAGAUGUCUUCCUGGUUAUCAAGCUUGAAAAAGUUCUACAGCAGGGAGACAUUGGUGAAUGUGCAGAGCCUUACAUGGUCUUCAAAGAGUCAGAUGCUGCCAAAAAUAAAGAGAAGCUGGAAAAGCUGCGCAGUCAAUCGGAGCAGUUCUGCCAGAGGCUCGGCCGCUACAGGAUGCCCUUCGCCUGGACUGCAAUCCACCUGAUGAACAUAGUGAACAGUGCUGGCAGUCUGGAGAGGGACACAGAGCUGGAAAUGGGCUUGCCAGAGCGGAAAGGUUCCUGGUCAGAGCGCAGGAACUCCAGCAUCGUGGGUCGUCGCUCUUUGGAAAGGACCACCAGUGGAGAUGAGUGCUGCAAUUUGACCAGCUUCAGGCCAGCCACCCUUACAGUCACCAACUUUUUCAAACAGGAGGGAGAUCGACUAAGCGAUGAGGACUUGUACAAGUUCUUAGCUGACAUGAGACGGCCUUCUUCGGUGUUACGUAGACUUAGACCCAUCACAGCUCAGUUGAAGAUUGACAUCUCUCCUGCACCUGAGAACCCUCACUACUGUCUCACUCCAGAGCUGCUUCAGGUUAAGCCUUAUCCAGACAGCCGCGUGCGGCCAACCAGGGAGAUCCUGGAGUUCCCAGCCCGGGACAUAUAUGUGCCCAACACCACGUACAGGAACAUGCUGUAUGUGUACCCACAAAGCCUGAAUUUCGCCAAUCGACAAGGCUCUGCCCGCAACAUCACAGUGAAAGUGCAGUUUAUGAAUGGAGAGGACCCCAGCAAUGCCAUGCCUGUGAUCUUUGGUAAAUCCAGCUGUGCAGAAUACUCAAAAGAGGCAUACACUGCUGUGGUCUAUCACAACCGUUCCCCAGAUUUCCAUGAUGAGGUUAAAGUUAAGCUGCCAGCCUCUCUGACUGACCAUCACCACAUCCUCUUCACCUUCUACCACGUCAGCUGCCAGCAGAAACAAAACACUCCUCUGGAAACACCAGUUGGAUACACGUGGAUCCCUAUGCUGCAGAAUGGACGCCUGAGAACGGGCCACUUCUGCUUGCCGGUGUCUCUGGAAAAACCACCCCAGUCUUACUCUGUUCUCUCUCCUGAUGUUCCUCUUCCUGGUAUGAAGUGGGUGGAUAACCACAGAGGCGUGUUCAAUGUUGAAGUCGUAGCAGUGUCCACUAUCCACACACAGGACCAAUAUCUGGAUAAGUUCUUUGCGCUGGUGCAUGCUCUGGACGAGCAUAUGUUCCCAGUGAGGAUCGGAGAUAUGCGUAUCAUGGAGAACAAUCUUGAGGCGGAGCUGAAAGCAAGCAUCACCGCAUUAAGCUCCUCCCAGCUGGAGCCUGUGGUGCGCUUCCUUCACCUGCUGCUGGACAAACUGGUACUGCUGGUGGUGCGACCACCCGUCAUCGCAGGACAGAUCGUAAAUCUUGGUCAGGUCUCUUUCGAGGCGAUGGCAUCAAUAGUGAACCGUCUGCAUAAGUACCUGGACACCAGCCAAGACAUGCACGGCCGCAACAGCCUCCUUUCAUCAUACAUCCAUUAUGUCUUCCGUCUGCCCAACAUGGACCCAAACUCACCUUCCCCAGGUCCUGGAGGCUUGGGUGGUUCGGUGCAUUACGCCACUAUGGCCCGUUCUGCUGUCAGACCUGCCAGCCUCAAUCUCAACCGGUCCCGUAGCCUUAGCAACAGUAACCCAGACAUCUCUGGCACGCCCACGUCCCCGGACGAUGAAGUGCGCUCCAUUAUUGGCAGUAAGCUCUUCCAUGAGGAGCUAGCUCUGCAGUGGGUGGUGAGCAGUGGCAGUGUGAGGGAAGGAGCCCUUCAGCAGGCCUGGUUCUUUUUUGAGCUUAUGGUUAAGAGCAUAAUCCACCACUUAUACUUCACUGACCGCCUGGAGUCUCCCAGGAAGAACCGCUUCCCUGAGCGCUUCAUGGACGACAUCACUGCUCUGGUUAGCACCAUUGCUGGUGACAUUGUCUCACGCUUCCAGAAGGAUCUGGAGUUGGUGGAGAGGCUUAAUGCAAGCUUGGCCUUCUUCCUUAAUGAUCUACUGUCUGUCAUGGACAGAGGUUUCGUUUUCAGUCUCAUCAAGACAUACUGGAAACAGGUGUCCACAAAGCUGUAUGCUCUGCAGAAUCCCACUCUGGAAUCUCUGAGGCUGGACUUCCUGAGGAUCGUCUGUAGCCAUGAGCACUACGUCACCCUAAAUCUGCCCUGCAGUCUGCUCACUCCCCCGGCUUCCCCCUCUCCCUCUGUGUCCUCUGCCACCUCACAGAGCUCUGGGUUUUCCACCCAUGUGCAGGACCAGAAGAUCGCUAAUAUGUUUGAGUUAUCGGUUCCCUUCAGAGAGCAGCACUACAUGGCUGGUUUGGUUCUGACUGAACUUGCCAUUAUUCUGGACCCAGAAGCUGAUGGGAUGUUUGGCCUGCAUAAGAAGGUGAUCAAUGUGGUCCAUAACCUGCUGUCCAGCCAUGAUUCUGACCCCCGCUACGCUGACCCUGAGGUCAAAGCCAGAGUUGCAAUGCUAUACCUGCCUCUCAUUGGCAUUGUCAUGGAAACCUUGCCCCAGCUCCAUGACUUCACAGAAUCACAUAACCAGUGGGGCCGUCCUGGUGGGCCUGGAACAGAUGAACAGGAAGCCGAGGGCAACAGCAUGAUCAGUCAGACUGUAGCAAUGGCAAUAGCAGGGACUUCUGUCCCACAGAUGUCACGGCCAAGCAGUUUCUUGCUCAACCCGCAGGCCACCCGUCAGCAUGGCACUUUCUCUCCUGAGUCCAGUCGCAGUCUACUCAUCUGUCUGCUGUGGGUUCUGAAGAACGCUGAUGAGAUGGUACUGCAGAAGUGGUUCACUGACCUUUCUGUAUCUCAGCUGAACCGUCUGCUGGACAUGCUUUAUCUCUGUGUCUCUUGCUUUGAGUACAAGGGAAAGAAAGCAUUUGAGCGCAUGAACAGUCUAACCUUCAAGAAGUCUAAAGACAUGAAGGCCAAGCUGGAGGAGGCCAUCCUGGGCAGUAUUGGAGCCAGGCAGGAGAUGGUACGACGCAGCCGAGGACAGCUAGAACGCAGUCCAUCAGGCAGUGCCUUUGGCAGUCAGGAAAACCUGCGCUGGCGGAAGGAUAUGACACACUGGCGUCAGAACAGUGAAAAGAUGGACAAAACCAGAGCUGAACUGGAGCAUGAGGCGCUUAUAGAUGGCAAUCUGGCUACCGAGGCGAACCUUAUCAUCUUAGACACUCUGGAAAUCAUAGUGCAGACGGUGUCUGUGACUGAGUCAAAAGAGAGCAUUCUGGGAGGGGUCCUCAAGGUCCUGCUUCACAGUAUGGCGUGCAACCAGAGCGCCCUCUAUCUGCAGCACUGCUUUGCAACACAGAGAGCCCUUGUGUCAAAGUUCCCAGAGCUGCUCUUUGAGGAGGAAACGGAGCAGUGUGCUGAUCUGUGUCUGCGUUUGCUGAGGAAUUGCAGUAGUAGCAUCAGCACCAUCAGAGCACACGCCAGCGCCUCCCUUUACCUGCUGAUGAGACAGAACUUUGAGAUCGGCAAUAACUUUGCCCGAGUAAAGAUGCAGGUGACCAUGUCCCUGUCAUCUCUGGUGGGCACAUCUCAGAACUUUAACGAAGAGUUCCUGCGAAGGUCACUCAAAACCAUCCUCACUUACGCAGAGGAGGACCUGGAGCUCCGAGAGACCACUUUUCCUGACCAGGUUCAGGACCUGGUGUUUAAUCUACACAUGAUUCUGUCAGACACAGUAAAGAUGAAAGAGCAUCAAGAAGAUCCAGAGAUGCUAAUUGAUCUCAUGUACAGGAUUGCUAAGGGUUAUCAGACAUCUCCAGACCUGCGGCUGACGUGGCUGCAGAACAUGGCGGGGAAGCACUCAGAGAGGAAUAAUCAUGCUGAGGCAGCUCAGUGCCUGGUCCACAGCGCCGCCCUGGUGGCUGAGUACCUCAGCAUGCUGGAGGACCGGAAAUAUCUGCCUGUGGGAUGUGUCACCUUCCAGAACAUCUCUUCUAAUGUGCUGGAGGAGUCAGCGGUGUCGGAUGAUGUGGUUUCACCAGAUGAAGAGGGAAUCUGUUCAGGGAAGUACUUCACCGAGGCUGGCCUGGUGGGGCUGCUGGAGCAGGCUGCAGCCUCCUUCUCUAUGGCUGGCAUGUACGAAGCAGUGAAUGAAGUCUACAAAGUGCUUAUUCCCAUUCAUGAAGCCAACAGGGAUGCUAAGAAGCUGGCCACCAUUCAUGGUAAACUGCAAGAAGCCUUUGGCAAAAUUGUGCAUCAGAGCACUGGCUGGGAGCGAAUGUUUGGUACUUACUUCAGAGUUGGCUUUUAUGGCUCUAAAUUUGGUGACUUGGACGAGCAGGAGUUUGUGUACAAAGAGCCAGCCAUCACCAAGCUAGCUGAAAUCUCACAUCGGCUCGAGGGUUUCUAUGGGGAGAGAUUUGGCGAGGAUCAAGUCGAAGUCAUUAAAGACUCCAAUCCAGUGGACAAGUGUAAACUGGAUCCAAAUAAGGCAUUCAUUCAGAUCACGUAUGUGGAACCUUACUUCGACACGUAUGAGAUGAAGGACCGCAUCACGUAUUUUGACAAGAACUACAACCUGCGGCGCUUUGUUUACUGCACACCAUUCACGCUGGAUGGCCGAGCGCAUGGAGACCUUCAUGAGCAGUACAAGCGCAAAACCAUUCUCACCACCAGCCACGCCUUCCCCUACAUCAAGACCCGCAUUAACAUCAUCCACAAGGAGGAGAUCAUCUCCAUGCCCAUUGAGGUGGCCAUUGAGGACAUGCAAAAGAAGACACAGGAACUGGCCUUUGCCACCCACCAGGACCCGGCUGAUGCCAAGAUGUUACAAAUGGUGUUGCAAGGGUCCGUGGGCACCACAGUGAACCAGGGUCCACUUGAGGUGGCCCAGGUGUUUCUGUCGGAGAUUCCCAGCGAUCCUAAACUCUAUAGACACCAUAAUAAACUGAGGCUCUGCUUUAAAGACUUUACUAAGAGGUGUGAAGAUGCCCUACGCAGAAACAAAAGCUUGAUAGGUCCUGACCAAAAGGAGUAUCAGCGAGAGCUGGAGAGGAACUACCACAGGCUAAAGGAGGCUCUUCAGCCACUUAUUAACCGAAAGAUUCCCCAGCUCUACAAACCUGUGUUACAGGUCAACUCUCACAGAGACUCCUUUAGCAGAUUGAGCCUUCGCAAGCUUGAUAUGUGAAGACCCAGGAAACAACAAAAAGGAACACCAGUUUUAUUUAUUUGUUUGUAAAUAUUCAAUUCUUGGAAAAUCAGUGUUUUUUGCCAGAAAGGAAAAGCUAAAGCGUGCAGUUGGUAUGUCAUUCCAAUUUUGUAUGCGUUUACACAAACGACCUGUUACAAUCAUUCGGAUUGAAAGUGGAUCUUGCAGCAUGUGUGUCAAAACUGUAUUCAAUAUCCUGUGUGCACUUGUUUUUAUUACAGUGUCCUAAAGCAUUUUACCACACAUGGUACGACUCUGAAAGUUUACUAUUUAAUCCGAAUGAGAAA